AUGGCCGGUGCGCCAGGUUCUGGGAAAAGCACCGUGGCGAACCUACUAGCACAAUCGAUCAACGGCGUAGUCAUCGAUCAUGAUCUACUCAGAUCCUUCUUUCUCGAAAAUGAUAUGUUAUUUGAGCAGUCGGCAAAACUCUCGUAUCGCUUCCAGUGGAUACUCGCCGAGGACAUGAUCAAACAGGGGCGGAGCGUCAUCAUCGACAGUCCCUGCAACUACAACGAGACGCUAGAUCAGGGAACCGCGCUGGCUCGACAGUACGGCUUCGACUACAGAUACGUUGAGUGCAGAGUCAACGAUGUCGAGGUGCUAGAUCGAAGGCUACGCAAUAGAAUUCCCGUGAGAAGUCAGCGAACAGGAGUAAGCCUUCCCCCGCCCGAUGCCACCAGCGCCCGUCACGACGAAGAUCAUCACGUAAUCUUCAAGAGAUGGAUCGAGCGCCUGUGCCGUCCGGAUGGCGAUGUUAUCGUCGUAGAUUCGACUAGCAGCCCCGAGGAGUGUCGAGACUACAUACUCAAGCAGAUACUACCUUCAACUAGAGUUCAAACAAGCAAUAGUGGAGGAGGGGGUGCAUAG